CACAUAUCAUCUUCUCAAGCAAGACAAUAAGCAAUUCCCCCAUUACAUUCCUCUCCCUGGCAGCAAAACAACAACCCAAAAAUGGCUGAAAACCCAAUUCGUUUUGGUAUCAUGGGAUGUGCAAAGAGAGCAAGAAAAUUGGCAAGUGCCAUAGACCUAGCCCCCAAUUCAACUCUCUAUGCUAUUGCUAGUGGCUCACUGGAAAAGGCUCAGUUAUUUGCCACUGAGAAUGAAUUGCCUAAAACCAUCAAGAUUUAUGGUAGCUAUCAAGAAUUUCUUGAUGACCCUUCCAUUGAUGUUGUUUACAUGCCAUUGCCAAGUAGCCUUCAUCUCCAAUGGGCUGUCUUAGCUGCCCAGAAGAAGCAUCAUUUGCUGCUGGAGAAGCCACCUGCACUUGAUGUGGUUGAGCUUGAUGAGAUUUUGGAAGCAUGUGAAUCCAAUGGCGUACAAUUCAUGGAUGGAUCUAUGUGGUUGCACCACCCUAGGACUGCCAAAAUGAAGGAGCUUCUCUCUGAUCCCAAGCUAAUUGGACAACUUGAAUUUAUUCACAGCACAUCCACAAUGUCACCACCGCCAGAAUUUUUCAAGGACGAUAUAAGAGUAAAACCAGACAUGGAUGCUCUUGGUGCACUUGGUGACUUAGGCUGGUAUUGCAUUGGAAGUGUCUUGUGGGCUAAAAACUACAGACUACCAAAUCUAGUCACUGCUUUACCUGGUGUCAUCAAGAACUCAGCUGGAAUCAUCUUACAAUUUUCAGCCUCCUUACACUAUGAUGAGCCAGACCUGUUCAAGACAGUUGCUAUCAUCCAUUGCUCUUUUCUCUCCCAUUCAUCCAUGGACUUGAAAAUGAUCGGUUCGAGUGGAUCGAUCCAUCUCAUGGACUUCAUCAUCCCAUUCCAGGAGAAUUCUGCUUCCUUUAGCAUCACAUUGCUUGCAAAGUUUGUGGAUCUCCACAUUGGGUGGAAUGUGAAGCCUGAAAAGGUUGUGGUGGCUAAUGAACUACCACAAGAGGCUUUGAUGGUUCAAGAGCUUGCUAGGCUUGUAGAGGAUAUUGGGAAAUCCGUGUCUUGUCCUGAUAGAAAAUGGCCUCAGAUUAGCAGAAAGACUCAAUUAGUAUUGGAUGCAGUUAAGAAAUCUAUUGAUCUUGGUUGCAAACCUGUUUAUUUGUAAUUAUUCUCAUGUUAUGAGCUUAUUUAUAAAUAAAAAUUGUAAAAAAAACGUAGAGUUUUGUCUCAAUAUAUACUUUGUUUCCUAC